UCAAGCAGGAUGGGAUCCAGCGGGGUGGGCAGGGAUGGAGUGGGGUGAGCAGGGAUCCAGCAGGGUGAAAAGGAGUGGAGUGGAGUGGAUGGUGUGGCCAGGAAUUGAGCAGGAUGGGACCAAGCAGGAUGGGAUCGAGCAAGUUCCUCAGGUCAUUCCACUGCGCAUCCCUCUUCCAGGAAAGGCAAAACACGAAAUAGACACAAAUACUCUCAUUGAAAUAAAAUCAGAUACACCUGACGUCUCCAUUUAUUACACUUUGGAUGGAAGUAAACCAGAACUCACUAGGAAACCUGGCUACGGAGAGCACAACACAUUUAAGUAUAAUGGUCCUAUCAUAUUACCAGUUGGGAAAAUAAUGGUCAAGGCACUGGCAGUUACAAAGGACUGCCGGGAGAGUACAGUUGUAACAAAGGUAUUUCUGGUAGAGUACAAGCAACCAAACAUCCUCUUCUCUGUUGAAGACAAUGACAAGAAUUUCUUCAAAGAUAUCACCACAAAGGAGAGAGAAGGUGGGAUGUUUACUACAACACUAAAGGAGAAUGGAGGGAAUGCGGAAAUCAAGCCUGCCUGGAGUGAAGAACCCCAAGAUUUUCAAGACUUGGAAACAGAAAGAAAGGCUACACAGAGGUCCCUGCAAGGACCACAGCUCCUUCCCAGUCCUUUGGAAACAACAGAGUACAGAGAGGAAUCCACCUCAGCAGCACCAACAGAGUCGUUACGGUUUGCUGGUUCUGCAGUGACUAGCCGGAAAAGCUUAGCUAGUUCACAGGUAGCAAGGAUCCAAAGGGAAAUAGAUUUCCUCAGAUGCACACGCUGUUCUGCACCUCGCCUGUCUGACCCCUUGGCUCACUUCUGCCAGGAAUGUGGAUCUCCUAUCCCACCUGUGCCAGUACAUCGCUUCCCACCUCCUGAACGUGCACAGAUGGCACCAUGUCUUGAGUGCAAACAUCUUGUGCCGAUGAAUACCCCCUCCUGCAUUGUAUGUGAGUCGCCCAUAGCUCCACAGCUGCAGCCCCAAACCAAAGUCUGCGUAAAGGGCAAAGUAAUUUGUCAGACAUGUGGCACAGGAAAUCCUCUUCACCAUAAACACUGUGUGACCUGUGAAAGCGAACUGCCUGAUAUACACAAGCCCGCGUUUGGAGGAGACACCCACCGGCCUUACCACAGCCAGCAAAGGAAGACAGUUUCGUGCUCAAAAUGCAGUCGUGUUAACCAGUGUGAUGCCCGUUUCUGUGACUGGUGUGGAGCCAAGCCUGGACCUCCUCCAUCCUACUUUUCUUGUGUCAAGUGUGGUACAAGCAAUCGUCCGUACGCUCACUUCUGUGGGUCCUGUGGUGUUUACAUAGAGCCCCCCCCAAGGAUGGGCUCUCGGAAUGACAAUUCUGUGGAUGUUGGUGACUCACUGGAGUUUUCCGAGGCUAAACGAUUUCAAGCUCAAGUUGCCUGGCAGCCUCCUCCCAUUUCCUUGCCCAAAUCAACAGCGGAACUAAAAGAAAGAGAAGAUAAAGGAACACAAACCAUUGGCAUUUUUUACCCAUCUCGCAAAGUCUUGGAAAAGAAGGAGCUUGAGCUGAUUUCACGAAAGGAAAAGCUAGAAAAGAUGAGUGAUCAUAAACCUCUCCUGACAGCCAUUAGUCCUGGAAAAGGUUACUGGAGAAAACAGCUGGACCACGUCUGCGCUCACCUUAGAAGCUACGCUCAGAACAACCUUGAAUUCAGAACACUGAUUGGAGAACCUCGUAUGGGAAGGAUUAACUAUGCUGCCAUCCAUGAGGAUGAUGAUGAAGUCACUAUUACACUGAAUUACGCUCUUGCUGUUAACAAGGAUAUUCAUGCUAAUAAACCAGCGAGGUUCAGAAGUCCUUCCUUGAAUACUCUAACAGAAGCCAGAGAUGGACAGGAAAGCAGUCCGACUGGUUCCGGCAAAGACAAUCAUAAUCUUUUCCAUUCAACAGGCAAAAUAAAGAGAACAGAAUCAAGAACACUAGAAAAAGAAGAUGAGCUCCUUGGAGCUGACCCAAACUGCACCAGCAUCGGAUACCAACCAGCUCUCACAGCUGCUGUCCUUUACAAGCACACAAAAGCCGCCUCCCUCCUCAUGUAGAGAGCUGCUGACAUUGACCUGCAGUCCAGACUGUGAGUGAGCGGGGAUCCUCUGCCCUGUGCCUGCUGAAGUUUUACCAGCUUCAGAAAAUAUUAACCUCCCACCCCCUCCUCCAAAAAUCUGUACUCAAGGAUCUACUUUCAAGGCCAAACUUGAAUAAACACGCCAACCUACAAGUGAUUAAAAAUAACAGUAUUUACAGUCUUUCUCUCAGCUGCCAGCUUUGAAGGUUUCUCAUUUGUUAGAAAAGCUGUUGUCCAAUUCCUUCCCCCCAUCCACU